CUAAUCUGACGCCAUAUUGCCGUAGUAAUAGAAACUCUGUGUUAUUGUUUUGUGAAAUCAGUGUUGUGUCGUUGUUUUUUCUUCAUUUUUACGGCAAAAAAGAUUAAUAACAAAAUAUUAUUAAUCUCUUUCUUCUUCAAUCAACUCAACGGUGACGACAUCCCAAUCUGUGUCGUAUAUGUGUGUAUCAUUUUCUGGAACAAAAAUUGGGCAAAUCAUCACAACUUGCAAAAAAAAAUCAAAACGUAUCUCUCCCAACAAUUGUAAUUGUAUUAUACAUACAUUUUGUUGGGACUUCGCAUCUUUUUCACAAUGGAUCAAUUACAUCAGUCAAGGAGUCUCAAUCUAAAACAAUCAACAAUGGUAACUGAAGAUCUUUAUGCCCCACUAUCACCAUGUCCCAUUCCUGAUAUCAGUGAUGAUGAAUUGGUUUCCAUUUCCGUGCGCGAUUUAAAUCGUACUCUAAAAAUGCGCGGAUUAAAUCGUGAAGAGAUUGUACGCAUGAAACAACGUCGUCGUACUCUUAAAAACCGUGGCUACGCUGCCAGUUGUCGCAUCAAACGUAUCGAGCAAAAAGAUGUUUUAGAAACGGAAAAAAGUCAUGAAUGGACCGAAUUGGAACAAAUGCAUGAGGAAAAUGAACAAUGUAGUCGUGAAAUUGAAAAUUGGAAAAAGAAAUAUGCUGCCCUGUUACAAUUUGCGGCCCACAAUGAUAUUCCAAUACCACAGGAAUUGGAAACGUGUUAGACCGUUUUAUUUUCCUUUUUGGUUGCUUCCACAGUGAAGCGGUGAUUGAAGUACAAGUUUUUUCCUAUAGUUUUAUUUCUAUAAUGUAAUGUUAGUUUUAAUGAAAGUGUAGUUAGCACAACUACACUUGCAUUGUAUACGUCCUCUGUAAAAUAAGUUAUAUACAAAAAUAUAUAAAAUAAUUGUAUCUACAAUAAUUUAAAAACAAA